UUGUGACGUGUGUGCGCCCUCCAUAUUUGUAAACAAUGGCAAGAAAUUUCAAUGUUGGACUUUUGGGCCAUGUGGACAGCGGCAAAACCACUUUGGCCCGGGCACUGAGCUCCAUCUCCAGCACGGCGGCCUUUGAUAAGAGCCCGCAGUCCGUGGAACGUGGCAUCACACUCGACUUGGGCUUCAGCGCCCUCGUCUUGGAUCAGCCCGAUGGGCAGCAGCUGCAAUUGACUUUCGUUGAUUGCCCAGGACACGCGUCCCUCAUACGUACCAUCAUUGGAGGUGCCCAAAUCAUUGAUCUGAUGCUGCUUGUGGUGGAUGCACAGAAGGGAAUGCAGACACAGACGGCAGAGUGUUUGGUCAUUGGGGAACUGCUGGAGAAGAAGCUGUUGGUAGUCAUCAACAAGAUUGAUGCACUACCAGCAGAACAGCGUGCCUCCAAGCUGGAAAAGCUUAAAAAUAGGCUAAGGAAGACGCUCUCAGACACCACGUAUGGCGACCAGGUGGACAUCUUUGCUGUCUCUGCCUUAGAGGGCACAAAUAUAGAAGAGCUGCGUGCAGGUCUUCGCGUUGCUAACCAUGUGCCGCAGCGCAACAUAGAUGCACCGCUGCUCAUGUAUGUGGAUCACUGUUUUGCCAUCAAGGGCCAGGGCACCGUCUGCACGGGCACCCUGCUGCAGGGCCAGGUGUCCAUCAAUGAAACUGUGGAGAUACCGCUGCUGGGUGAGAAGCGCAAAGUUAAAUCCAUUCAGAGAUUCCGUCAGCCGGUGGAUAAAGCCAGCACUGGCGAUCGCAUUGGCCUCUGCGUCACCCAGUUCAAUGCCAAACUGAUGGAGCGUGGCAUCAUUGCCCAACCGAGUUACCUGCGCCCUGUUUAUGCGGUGUGCGUGAAGGUUCAGCUCAUACGGUAUUACAAGCAGGCAAUCCGCUCCAGAAGCAAGCUGCACAUCACCGUGGGCCACGACACAGUCAUGGCUAACCUGACGCUAUUCCACGAUGAGAAUGCCGUUGCCUGCUCCGAAUUUGACUGCAGCAGGGAAUAUGCGUAUGUAGAGGAAGUGCUGCCAGCGGAGGCGACGCCUAACGAUGGUCUCUUUGCUCUGCUGCAGUUUGAGACGCCAGUGCUGACUACUUUGGGAUCUACGCUGAUUGCCUCUAAGCUGGAUAUGAAUGUGCACAGCAACAGCUGUCGACUCGCCUUUUGGGGUCGCAUCGCCUGGCAGACGCACUGUGUUAACUACCAGAGUGAAGUGCUGCCCCAGCUGCGCGUAUUCAAGCGCAAGCAGAAGGAGGGCAGCAUACAGCGCGUGGUGAGCUCGAACGAAAUAAUUGUACAGAAUCUCUUCAAGAAGGAAGCCAACCGCGACAUGUAUGUGGGCAAGCGCGUGCAGCUGUCUACGGGCGAGGCGGGUUGCAUCGAACGCACAUUUGGACAGACUUCCAAAGUGUGCAUCGUAUUUAGGGAUGGAAUGUCAAGUGCCACGGUAGAGCAGCUCAAGUCGGAGCAGGCGAAAGAAGUGCGCGUGCUAUUAAAUUGCAAGAAAUAUGUUUUCAAUAAACAGGCGGGCCUGUUUCAAUAA